AUUUCAAAUAGUACAAUUUUAUAUAUUAAAAAUUCAAUUUUAAAUGAAAUUUUUGUGGUUUUGGAAAGCUUUAUUAAUGAUUUUUUACAUUCUAAUAUUACAAUAUAUAUAAAUAACCUCAAAAUUAUACAUUCUAAGCUACUGAGUGCUAUUUUAAUAUUCCCAUAUGCUGCUAUUUUUGAUAAAGAAGAUAUUUUUAGCAAUUUCAACGACCAAAAAUUUGAUGAAUUGAAAAGAAAAGUAAAAAUUAUAUAAUUAGCAGACCCAAUUUAACUACAGAAAUCGUUCAAAAACAUUGUAAGGACUAUAUUAGUUGCAAAUGCAGCAAUUUCAAAAGGAAAUGAGCAAAAUUCAACUUUAUUAAAAUUACUUUAUUAAAAUUUCGGAUGUAUUUAUUAUUUUUUUGAGUAAUCAAAAGCUAAAUAAAGAGCUUAGUUAUUUUAUUGUGAGCCUAGACCCUCUGUCACAAUAAAAGUAUUAAAUAUGAUGGAUGAAGGCAUUUAUAAACAUGCUAUGAGUUUAAUUUUUCCUUAUAUAAAAUGCAAUAUGAAAAUAUAUAUUGAAUAAGUCGAAAAUAAAAUAAGUUUAUAAAAUUUAUAAAAAGAAAUUUUAUUAAAUACUUAAAAUAAGAUAAAUAAAAUUUAAUAAAAAACAAUGCAUUUUAUCAGAAAUAAUAUAGAAAAAUAUAUAUAAGAACUAUUUAUAAAAAACAAUGAAAAAAUAAAAAUACGUAUACUUUGUAGCGAAAUUAUUUAGAAAUAUCCAUUUUAAAAUAAAUAAUUUUUUAAAAAAAUUAUUAUACAUAUACAUGGAGGUGGUUUUAUUGCUAUGAGUUCAAGAUGCCAUUAAACUUAUACAAGAUAAUGGGCAAAUAAACUUAACAUACCAAUUUUUAGUAUUGAUUAUAAAAAAGCUCCAAAAUAUCCAUAUCCAGAAGCUCUAAAUGAUUGUUGGUAAGCUUAUAAUUGGAUACUAAAUUAUGUUUAAAAAUGUUUUAAUAUUAAGCCUAUAAAUAUAGUUUUAGUUGGUGACUCUGCUGGAGGAAAUUUAAUUACUUCUCUUACUUUAAGAUGUAUUAAAAGUGGUGUAAGAUAUCCUGAUGGACUUUUAUUAUGUUAUCCUGCUUUAAAUUUAAAUAUGAAAACAUUUACACCUUCUAUUUUAUGGGCUUUAGAUGAUUAAAUUAUACCACAUACAUUUCUAUAAAUAUGUUUGGAUUCUUAUAUUCCUGAACAUUUAAAUGUAAAUCUAUAAAAAGAUCCUUUUGCAUCUCCAAUAAAUGCAAGUUAUGAAUUAUUAAAAUAAUUUCCACCAGUAAGAAUUAUGGUUGGUAGUAAAGAUCCUUUACAUGAUGACUGUUGGAGAUUUUUAAAAAGACUCAUGUUUUUAUUUUAUAUAUAUAUUAUUUUUAUAUAUUUAUUAUUUAUUUUUAGCGAUAUAAAAAAAGAUGCUAAACUGUAUGUAUAUUCGGAAAUGCCACAUGGAUUUUUAAAUUAUGAUUCACCAAAUGGUAUGAAAGAAGCCAAAUAAUGUGUAUAGGAUGCUUAUUUAAUUUUAGAAGAAUUAAUAAAUUAUAGUAAUUGA